AUGCAGGCAAAUUGCGCAGAGGUGAUUUUGCCAUCGCUUUCCCUCCCUCUCGCGUACAUCAAGUGCAGUCUACGUUGUAUCCUUCAUACUCUUCUCUUUUGUCGGCAGAAGGGCCCAGCUGUUAGUUUGUCGGAUGCAGAACUUCCACAAGGGAUACUGAGUUGUGGUAUAGGAAUGUUCGGUGGUUCAGAUACGCUUCAACUCGUGACAGCGGAGCCUCUCAGUAUCGCGUUUUUUAAAUGCGGAGAUGAAGAAGCGGAACGCGAGAUCGAAUCCAAAGUAGUCGCUUUUACAAAAAUGUUAGAGAGAGGGCCUUGCGACACUGCGCAGCUCUCUCUGUCCUUCUAUCACUUACGUCCGCGCGAGCGAGUCUUGGGUCUGUUUCAGCCUCCCGAUGAAAAAGUAUUCUUUGAACGGUGGGUACUCUCCGUCUCGCUUGUUCUCCACGAGAAUCUCGGACCCGCAUCUCGUUUUUCAGCAGCACGGAAGCUCGACAUCCGCGAACUUCCUGUGUGUACCACUGUUCGCGGAGCAAAAACAACUCGCGCUGAAGACGUUUCACGCGUUUACAGUGCCGACGUACAGAUCCCAACGGAUCGUCAGACAUGCGCUGGUUCAGAGGGGUUGGCAGUUCUGUCGGGUGUAUGUACACCCGCUGCCCAUCGGCGCGUUGGACAGGACUUGUCUGAAAUAGACGGAACGUACAAGCCGCCGACAGGUUCUGUAUUCUCAAGCAGAGGGGAGGCGUCCAGCGCGCCUAUUAGUCCGUUUUUAAUGUGCACGCUGCCUCCGUCGAAAGUAGCUUGUUUGGGGACUUCCUCGUUGCCAUCUCGAUUAACUGAGCCGGCGUCUUCUGGAUUUUGCUCUGAGGGUCAAUCAACCACACACAGUGCUGGCUUUCUUGAGGAAAAUGCGCGAGAAUCGGAGUUGCUCAUGGCGUAUCCCGUGCCUCACAACCAUGAUCCAUUCAAACAAAACGAAAGACGGCAACAGAUUCUAACGUUAGGACGAAACAGUGACACCAGCAACGACAAGGAAGAGAUGCGAGGGGUCGUGAAUCUGACAGGGGACUAUAUCCGAGAGCUGUCGCACGUAGAGAAGCAAGAAUUUGAGCAGCGAGUAUCACCGGCUAAUUCGUAUCCUGUCUCUCUAUCUUCAUCAGGCUCUUUCACCCAGGGCCGACGGAUUGCCCGCUCACUGACGGGUGUAGAACAUUCGAUAGGUGGGACUAAUGCGUCGGGUGCAGUUAAGCCAAUUCGACGAGGUGAAUCCACCAGUGUUUUGCGUGGGCAAAUCUCCACUACAAACGGUUCCAGCGGGAGUUUCCUUUCAGAGAAACACCUUGCAGAGACCCGUGUUGGUGGCCUCCUGUCUCCCUCUAUAGCUUCAGCUCUUGACUCGCCCAGAAGCCAGGUCGCAGGGGGGAGUGCCCACGGAAGGUUGACCUGCUUUCACCAGCACAGCGAAACCUUGAGAGAGGAGGAGGAACCACAACGUGUACCAGAGUGUCAGAAUAGAGCCAAAGACUAUGUGCAUGUACAAAUUGCUGGCGUUUCUUCGACAAACAUGGUGCCUACUGACAUAGGUGCGGAACAAGAACACGAUCAAGGCAGUGGAUGUAAUUGGUUCCAGUCGACGGCAGUUCAAGGUGACCUUAUCCUUGAGGGUUCGUUGGGUGAGCGACUGAAUGACACUGACCAUACUCGGGAAUUGGGGCGACGGGGAAAACAGACAAAACAUGUUUCACGAUUUUCCUCUUCCUCGUGGAUGCUACAAGAGGAACGAGCAGCGCAGCGGUGCGUCGAACGGGCCGUUCGGCAGGUCAUGAUGAAGGUCAUUCAGGUGACUACAGAGAAGCAGUGGCACCUCCCACCUCCUUUUCACGGAAGUCCGUGUGAGGGCUCCAUGUACAGAUUUGAGAUCAACUUCAGUGGACCUUCUGCAGUUUCAGUUGACCAAGGAUGGCACAUAAACCUCCCUGCAGCGCUGCGCACCGCCUACAGCCGACAUAUGCCGUACCUCACAUAA